UCUUGCGCCACGAUAAAUGAAUGAAUAAAGUUAAAUUAAAGGAAAAACAAGUGGAACGUUAAAGUUCUCGGGUGUUGAGGUGGGCGUGGUCCCAGCACGGCAGGAGGAUUUGUGGAUCAGGAAGUCUCUCUUCAUUUAAGGCUCUUAAAUUUAUGAGUCAUCAGGGGCAAAGCAAAAACAUAAUCACCUAAUCAAGUCACCUGGAUUUGACCAGAUCAAACUCUAUGCUAACACUGAUUACUGACAACAGUCAUGAGGUGGAUGUCCAGAUGGGGACGCAGACUUCAGUUCUGGGAUGUGCGUGGCAGGACCAUCACUCAUAUAUCCGUCCACUUCCUUUCAGGUCUCCCACUGCUGGUCCAAAGAACAAUUGCCAGAACUAUCAUCCUCCAGGAGAGCAUUGGGAAGGGGCGUUUUGGUGAGGUGUGGCGCGGCAAAUGGCGCGGCGAGGAGGUGGCUGUCAAGAUUUUCUCUUCCCGAGAGGAGCGCUCCUGGUUCCGUGAGGCUGAGAUCUACCAGACUGUGAUGCUGAGACAUGAGAAUAUCCUGGGCUUCAUUGCUGCUGACAACAAAGAUAAUGGAACGUGGACUCAGCUGUGGCUGGUGUCGGACUACCAUGAGCACGGAUCGCUGUUCGACUACCUGAACCGCUACACGGUCACAGUGGAGGGCAUGAUCAAACUGUCUCUGUCAACAGCCAGCGGCCUCGCCCACCUUCACAUGGAGAUCGUUGGCACGCAAGGGAAGCCAGCUAUUGCCCACAGAGACCUGAAGUCCAAGAACAUCCUGGUGAAGAAAAACGGGACGUGCUGCAUCGCUGACCUGGGCCUGGCUGUGCGGCACGACUCCGCCACCGACACCAUCGACAUCGCUCCGAACCACAGAGUAGGGACCAAAAGGUAUAUGGCUCCAGAGGUUCUGGACGACUCCAUAAACAUGAAGCAUUUUGAGUCUUUCAAACGAGCUGACAUCUACGCCAUGGGCCUCGUCUUCUGGGAGAUUGCCAGUCGCUGCUCCAUGGGAGGCAUUCACGAGGACUACCAGCUGCCCUACUACGACCUGGUCCAGUCAGAUCCAUCAGUGGAGGAGAUGAGAAGGGUGGUUUGUGAGCAGAAGCUUCGGCCCAACAUCCCCAACCGCUGGCAGAGCUGUGAGGCCUUACGGGUGAUGGCAAAGAUCAUGAGGGAGUGCUGGUACGCCAACGGAGCUGCACGACUCACUGCUCUGCGAAUCAAGAAAACGCUGUCUCAGCUCAGCCAACAGGAGGGGAUCAAGAUGUAGAAACAACUACCACGCCCCACACACACACACACGACACACACACACACACCC